GCUGGAUCUCCGAGACCAGGACCAGGACCAGAACAAGAGCGGAAUGGAGGAGGAGCAGCAGAAGCCGGAGCAGCGGAGCAACAAGGUCCCCAGAAGAGCAGCAGCAGGCUCGGCCUCUGAUAGCAGCGGUGUUCAGAAACGGAGAGGAAGAGGGGGACUCGGACAUCACAGCUGUCAGCACUGUGGCAAGUACUUCACAACAUCUGGAAAUUUAAAGAUUCAUCAGAGAGUUCACACUGGAGAUAAACUGUACAGCUGUGAACAAUGUGGGGCAGCUUUCACACAGUUAGGUGCGCUCAAACGUCAUCAACUCAUUCACACUGGAGAGAAGCCGUUCUGGUGUGAACAAUGUGGGAAAACGUUUUCUCGUGGUGAUACCCUUAAAGACCACCAACUCAGUCACACUGGAGAUAAACCGUACAGUUGUGAACAAUGCGGGGCGGCAUUCACACAGUUAAGUAAGCUCAAAACUCAUCAACUCAUUCACACUGGAGAUAAACCAUACAGCUGUGAACAAUGCGAGGCAGCAUUCACACAGUUAGGUGCGCUCAAACGUCAUCAACUCAUUCACACUGGAGAGAAGCCAUUCCGGUGUGAACUAUGUGGGAAAAGGUUUUCUCAGCGUAGUACCCUUAAAGCCCACCAACGCAUUCACACUGGAGAUAAACCGUACAGCUGUGAACAAUGUGGGGCAGCUUUCACCAUUCAAAGUUCCCUAACAUCCCAUCGACGUGUUCACACUGGAGAGAAGCCAUUCUGGUGUGAACAAUGUGGGAAAACAUUUUCUAAGAGUGGUCACCUUAAAGUCCACCAACGCAUUCACACUGGAGAUAAACCGUACAGCUGUGAACAAUGCGGGGCAGCUUUCUCACUGUCAUCUCAACUAAAGACCCACCAACAUGUUCACACUGGUGAGAAGCCGUUCUGGUGUGAACUAUGUGGGAAAAUGUUUUCCCAGAGUAGUAGCCUUAAAAGACACCAACGCAUUCACACUGGAGAUAAACCAUACAGCUGUGACCAAUGCGGAGCAGCUUUCACACAGUUAGAAACCUUAAAAUCCCACCGACGCAUUCACACUGGAGAGAAGCCGUUCUGGUGUGAGCAAUGUGGGAAAACUUUUUCUCAGAGUUCUCACCUUAAAGUCCAUCAACUUAGUCACACUGGAGAGAAGCCGUUCUGGUGUGAGCACUGUGGGAAAGCCUUUUCUCUGGCUAGUAACCUUAAAGUCCACCAACGCAUUCACACUGGCAAGUCAGAGAGAGAGAGAGAGAGACCGAGAGAGAGUCCCCGUGGAGAGCUGCUGGAUCUCCGAGACCAGGACCAGGACCAGAACAAGAGCGGAAUGGAGGAGGAGCAGCAGAAGCCGGAGCAGCGGAGCAACAAGGUCCCCAGAAGAGCAGCAGCAGGCUCGGCCUCUGAUAGCAGCGGUGUUCAGAAACGGAGAAGAAGAGAGGGACUUGCACACCACAUCUGUCAGGACUGUGGCAAGUCCUUCACAUCAUCUGGAAAUUUAAAGAAUCAUCAGAGAGUUCACACUGGAGAGAAACCAUACAGCUGUGAACAAUGCGGGGCGGCAUUCACGUGGUUAAGUAAGCUCAAAACUCAUCAACUCAUUCACACUGGAGAUAAACCCCACAGCUGUGAACAAUGUGAGGCAGCAUUCACACAGUUAGGUGCGCUCAAACGUCAUCAACUCAUUCACACUGGAGAGAAGCCGUUCCGGUGUGAACUAUGUGGGAAGAGUUUUUCUCAGCGUGAUACCCUUAAAGCCCACCAACGCAUUCACACUGGAGAUAAACCGUACAGCUGUGAACAUUGCGGGGCAGCUUUCACCAGUCAAAGUUCCCUAAGGUCCCACCAACACGUUCACACUGGAGACAAGCCAUUCGGGUGUGAACAAUGUGGGAAAACAUUUUCUAUGAGUAGUCACCUUAAAGUCCACCAACGCGUUCACACUGGAGAUAAACCGUACAGCUGUGAACAAUGCGGGGCAGCUUUCUCACGGUCAUCUCACCUAAAGACCCACCAACAUGUACACACUGGUGAGAAGCCGUUCUGGUGUGAACAAUGUGGGAAAAUGUUUUCCCAGAGUGAUAGCCUUAAAGUCCACCAACGCAUUCACACUGGAGAGAAGCCGUACAGCUGUGACAUAUGCACAGCAGCUUUCUCACGGUUAUCUAGCGUAAAAACCCACCGACGCAUUCACACUGGAGAGAAGCCGUUCUGGUGUGAGCAAUGUGGGAAAACUUUUUCUCAGAGUUCUCACCUUAAAGUCCAUCAACUCAGUCACACUGGAGAGAAGCCUUUCCGGUGUGAGCAAUGUGGGAAAGCCUUUUCUGUGUCUAGUUACCUUAAAGCCCACCAACGCAUUCACACUAGCAGAGCUGGGUCCUCUUCCUCCUCCUGCCCCUCCAGCUGGAUCAACCAGGCAGUCUUCAGCAGCAGUCCCGGUGGAGAGCUGCUGGAUCUCCGAGACCAGGACCAGGACCAGGACCAGGACCAGAACAAGAGCGGAAUGGAGGAGGAGCAGCAGAAGCCGGAGCAGCGGAGCAACAAGGUCCCCAGAAGAGCAGCAGCAGGCUCGGCCUCUGAUAGCAGCGGUGUUCAGAAACGGAGAGGAAGAGGGGGACUCGGACAUCACAGCUGUCAGGACUGUGGCAAGUCCUUCACAACAUCUAGAAAUUUAAAGAUUCAUCAGAGAGUUCACACUGGAGAUAAACGUCACAGCUGUGGACAAUGUGGGGCAGCUUUCACGCAGUUAAGUUUGCUCAGAAGUCAUCAACUCAUUCACACUGGAGAGAAGCCGUUCUGCUGUGAACAAUGUGGGAAAACUUUUUCUCACCGUGGUCACUUUAACGUCCACCAAGUCAUUCACACUGGAGAUAAACCAUACAGCUGUGACCAAUGCGGGGCAGCAUUCACAACGUCAGGUAAUCUUAAAGUCCAUCAACGCAUUCACACUGGAGAGAAACCUUACAGCUGUGCACAUUGCGGGACAGCUUUUACACAGUUAGGUGCACUCAAAACUCAUCAACUCAUUCACACUGGAGAGAAACCAUACAGCUGUAUCCAAUGCCGGGAAGCUUUCACACAGUUAGGUGCGCUCAAAAUUCAUCAACUCAUACACACUGGAGAGAAGCCGUUCAGCUGUGAACAAUGCGGGGAAGCAUUCAUAACGUCGGUUAAACUUAAAUCCCACCAACGCAUUCACACUGGAGAGAAGCCGUACAGCUGUGACCAAUGUGGGGCAGAUUUCUCACAGUUGUCUAACUUAAAGGCCCACCGACGUGUUCACACUGGAGAAAAGCCGUACAGCUGUGAACAAUGUGGGGCAGCUUUCUCACAGUUAUCUCACUUAAAGGUCCACCGACGCAUUCACACUGGAGAUAAACCUUACAGCUGUGAACAAUGCGGAGCAGCUUUCACGACGUCCGGUAAUCUUAAAGCCCAUCAACGAAUUCACACUGGAGAUAAACCAUACAGCUGUGAACAAUGUGGGUCAGCUUUCACAACAUCCGGUAAACUUAAAGUCCACCAACGCAUUCACACUGGAGAUAAACCAUACAGCUGUGAACAAUGUGGGGUAGCUUUCUCAGAGUUACCUCACUUAAAGGCCCACCGACGUGUUCACAAUGGAGAGAAGCCGUUCUGGUGUGAACAAUGUGGGAAAACCUUUUCUCAGAGUAGUAGCCUUAAAACCCACCAACUCAUUCACACUGCCUCCUCUUGAACAUGUUCUAAAGCCAAGCUGUUGUUAGAGAGGAGAGAGGGAACAAAUAGCGUGAGUCAAGACGCUGUUUACUACCCAGAUAACAAAAGAGAGCAGUCCCGAGCCCAAAGUAGCCGAGGUCCAGGACCACUUGCAGGCACUAACCUGAUGAUAAAUAUGGAAGAAGAACAAAGUGUGGAAUUUGUCAGAGAACAUAACAUUGGGUCAAAAAGAGCAUGUAAAGAUGACAAGUGAAAAUCAGCGCAGUGAAAACCACGAUGAGUGUAACAUAACAGUUGUUUUCCAAGGAAUCAGAUGAUGAGAUAUUCAUGGUUGAAGCUUGUAGAAGAAAAUGAUUUACCAGUUUUAGUCUCAUUUUAUCCUAAUAUCCUCUUUCUGGUCACUGAUUAAGUUGAUCAUAUUUUACCUGUUUUUAAAACAUUUAUAUCUUGUGUCAUGUAACUGAAUGUUAUAUUAUCAAGAGAUGAUUUUUUUUUUGAAUAUAUGACUUAUCAUUUAUAUUUUACUUUAUUACUUAAUGUAUUCAUGUGUUUUGUUGGAGAAUAUUGUGAGUUGGGUUUAUGUUUUAUUUUUUCCUCUUAUUUUGUUGAAGCUGGUCAUGUUGGUUCAUACGUGUGAGGUAAUUUGAAGAGUAGUAAUGUAGACUCACUGUAAUCUGAACACUUGAUAUUACCUCGCAAACAUGAAUACUUUUCGACAUACUAUACUAUGACUAAAUUACUAUUUUCGAUAUACUAUACUAUGACUAUUUUUGACU